AUGGGGGACACGGGGUGCCCUGGGCGCCCUGCUCAAACAGUUGAGACUUUCUCUUCUUAAAUUCCUGAGGAAGGAUGAGAACCGUGUGGAGCCGUUCACUCUUAGUGAGCCUUCGAGGUUGGGCAAAAAUCUGAGGCGAUCUGCAGGGGUGGUGUGCUGGGUAAAAGUGUGUAGUGGGGGCCUGAGGGGACAGUGCUUGAGUGUGUGUGUGUGUGUGUGUGUCCGUGUUCGAAGACGGGGAUCCGAGCGCCACCUCGGCCAGCGGGUAAAGCUUAGAUCCAUUGAUCUAUAAGUCCCUGAAUCAGUAGAUACUUAUUAGGCGCCUGCCAAGUCCCGGGCUCUGGCCUGAGGCACUUUCGAGAGUAAAGACUGAGCAAGGCAGGGCGGUGGAAACUGGGGUAACAGGGAAGAAAGCUGCCAGCUUCUAAACCCAGGGGUCCGAGCAAGAGGACUGCAUUUCCCAGAAUGCCUAGGGUCAGACGUCAUACAAAUGUUGGCCCCGCCUCUUGUGGCACCCCAAGGCACUCUGGGAAUCUCUUGUGGGCAGUCUGAGUUCCUGGAAAGAUCUCAGUUGUGCUUCUUGGACCUUUUCUGUGGAAGUGGUGCGGGGGAGGGGACUCAGAGCGCAGGCGCGGACGAGUUUCCUACCUUGUCAGGCACACACAGAGGAAGUCUCCCCCCCCUCGGGGCUGCCACCCCCUGAAGCACCCCAGGGUGGCCCCAGGAGAGAGCCCGCAGCCAGAGGAAAUGGCCCCCUGGACCCCGAGGAGCCCCUCCCAGGGGUCAAUAACAUUUAAGGAUGUAGCUGUUGACUUCACCCAGGAAGAGUGGUGCCUAUUGGACCAUUCUCAGAAAGCCCUGCACCUAGAGGUCAUGCUGGAGAAUGUGCAGAAUCUACUCUCUCUGGGGAUUCCAGUUCCUAGAGAAAAUUUUAUAUCCUGUUUUCAGCAAGGGACAGCACCAUAUCUGCUAGAGCGAAAUGGCCCAAGUAGCUGCUGUCCAGAGGCAGAGACUAAUUGUGGAAUGAAAGCAUCAUCUACAAAGGUGAGCCCUUUUGUGGAAGGAUCUGGUCCCCAACGAUGCAUGAAUGAGAAUCUUCAUGACUUCCUUUUGAGAGAAAGCUGUGACUCUACUAUCAAAGUAAAUAAAAAUCCAAAGAGUGACAGUGAAUUUGAUGAAACUGAAGAGAAAUUCAGCCAACAUACAGCCCUAACUGAGUAUAUGAAAAUGACCUCAGGAAAUGACUAUUGUCAGGAUAGAGAAUAUAGGAAACGCGUUCGUGAAGGAGGUCUUGUUCAGUCACCUGAAAAGCCCGUGUAUCAAAGUAACGGAGGAGGAAUGGCCUUAGGCUGUAGUUCAGACAUCAUAAGACAUUCAAAAAAUAAACGUGUGGAGAUGGUUUCUGUGAGUGAUAAAGGUGGGAGACCUUUCAGUCAGAACUCUCAGCUUGGCACACAUCAGCGAAUUCACAGUAGAGAGAAAUCUUAUGAAUGUAAGCACUGUGGAAAGGCUUUUAAAAAGAGGGGAUAUCUUGCUAAGCAUCAGAGCAUCCACACUGGACAGAAACCUUAUGAAUGUGAACAGUGUGGAAAGGCUUUUAGAGAGAGGCGAUCUCUUGCUAAGCAUCAGAGCAUCCAUACUGGAGAGAAACCUUUUGAAUGUAAACAGUGUGGAAAGGCUUUUAGAGAGAGGAGAUUUCUUGAUAAGCAUCAGAAUAUCCACACUGGAGUGAAACCUUAUAAAUGCAAACACUGUGGAAAGACUUUCUCUCAUAGAAGCAAUCUUGAUGCACAUCAGAACAUCCACAGUGGAGAGAAACCUUAUCAAUGUAAACACUGUGGAAAGGCUUUCACACAGAGGGGUAAUCUUACUUCACAUGAGAGAAUCCAUACUGGAGAGAAACCUUAUGAAUGUAAACAGUGUGGAAAGGUUUUCACAUGGAGCGCCUCUCUUGCAGCACAUCAGAGCAUCCACACUGGAAACAAACCUUUUAAAUGUCAGCACUGUGGAAAGGCUUUCAUACAGAAGUGCUCUCUUAGUAGACAUCAGAAAACUCACACUAGAAAGAAAACUCUUGAAUGUAAUCAGUAUGGAAAGACUUUCGUAGAGACGGACCAUGUUACCAAAGCUCAGAGCAUCCGCGCUGUAGACAAACUUUUAUUAUAUAGGGUAACAUCUUGCUUUAUUCUCCAGAAUGCUUCAAUUAGCAUUACUAAUCUUUGAUUGAAAAUUUCCUAUCGAGAAUUAGUAAAAGUUCAGUGCUCUUCUGAAGGGAGAUGCCAAUUUCUCCUUAUGACAGUAGAGAAAUCCCCCUCUCCAGCAGCUUUAUGUAUAUAUGAAUAUACACCUGCAAUUCACUCUUUUCUAAUGUGGCUAAAACCUCCCCUUUUUAAAUAAUAUUAUGGAUUAAGUGGUUAGAUUCUGAUUGUGUAAAGGAAAUCAUGGAGUGGAUUGGGUCAUGAGGAUAAAAUGGUAGCAGGAAAAAAACAGCAAUAGAGUCAAGAAAUCAGGAUACUCCGGUUAUGGCUGAUGUCCCCUGCACUGCAUCCUCCAGUCCCCUUCCGGGAGGCCCAGGAAAAAAUAGAAAACCACAGUUGGCUCCUGAGAUGAGGUAUGAGGGUUAAUGGGAGUCGAAAAUGUUUGAUAAACUGAGGGAAAAGCAGAUUUCACUCACUUCUCUUUCAGUUUUGUUGCUUGCAGUGCUUUUUCUGUAAGCAUGCCUAGGGGACCCUAAUGGUGGAGGCAGAAUAGCAAGCUAAAUGGAGCAACCGGGACAGUAAUUUAUAUGUCUUUCCUCUUUUCCCCUCUUUUUGGAGGCUCUAAGACACAAGGGGCAGCCAGGAGGUGACUGCUCACAGGCCACCCUGACAUUCUCAGUAUGGGCUUUUCCUCCCUAGCACCACACCGAGUCUUGGUAUACCAUGCUUUCUUUCUUAGCAUCCCACAAGCCAGUGCACCAGCCAUUUACUGGCUAUUAGUAAAAAUGCAGGCAACUUAAAAAUAAAUAAAUGAAUGAAUGACCAAAUAAAUAAGCUAAAGCAAAAUGAUGAAACUAAACAUAAUUAAAGGGAAAAUGUAUAAAAGUAAAGAAAAUGGAAUAAAAUAAAAUUCAACAAAAUUAGUAAAGUAAAAUCAUCAAUAAAUACACAAAAUUAUUUAAUUUAGUACACCAGUUAAGUAGUCCAUCAUUUAAAAACUUACUGGUUUCUUAUUUAACCAUAGCACCAAAGUCCAGUGUUGCUGCCUUCUAAAAUAAACUUAAAAGGAAGUAGCAUCUAUAUUUUUUAUUAUUAUAUUGGAAAUGGUUUUGGAGUUCUUUCAUUAUUUGAUUUUGUACAGUUCAGUGAUGGUCCCUUACCUCAGUACCCCAUUGUAAGGAUAAUCUUAGAAAAAUUAGUAUUUUAUUAGUUUGGAGAUAAGAAGUAAAGUGGCUGCUUGAGAAACGAAUUGGAGUUUGAAGCAAAGCUGAGAGAACAUGUUGAUUUCAGACGUUGAGGGUUAUAACCAUUUUUCUGUGUAAAUUACUCUCUCUGACAAUUGUCAGAGACUCUCAGGGUUGGAGGAGGUAACAUUUUUGCCUCUUUCUCUGUGAGGGAAAGACCUGAAGGAGCUCAGUGUUUUCCUUUCCCAACUUGGGAAACAGUAUUGAAUAUCUCUUGUGGUUUAUAUAGAUUGUUUAACUCUGAGAAGACCAAAGGAAAACCUGGUCCUUGGUUGCCACUCUAAGUCUGUAAAGACUUAGAGUUCUAACUUGAUUCUUGUUGAGACUCAACCAGCUAGCCCUUGCUAUUUUAUAAUUUGAAGGUGAAGUUAAAAUUUAUAAGGAUAAUAGCAAUAGUUUUUAUUAGCUAGUAUAAAUUUGGGUUAGUCAGAUCAGGGAGGAGUAGUGUAGCCUAGAAAACAGGAGAAGUGGUUCUUUGCAGAACCAGGAAGUUUAUUUGGGUGGAUUUAGAAUCCCUUAGAAUUAGAAAUCCUUCUUUAUCCUUAUAUAUUUCAAUAAAUUUUUUAUUUUUAUAAUAAGAGUCUCUUUAGUGUCCUUGAGCCUGGCCCUGAAGGGAAGUUCACUUUGAACUUCACUUCAUCACUGAGGAUACUUUUGAUUACAUCUAUGAAAAGUAUCCGAACAGUUUUGAACCUAUAUUGAACUGUUUUUCCAUUUAUGUAUUUUAUUUUUUUAACUCGCCAAUUCAUUUUUACAGUUUGGUGAGGUAAAUAGGACAAAGAACCUAACUGUCUGAUUUUAAGGGUCUCUCAACUUAGACACGUGGAACCUUACCUCAGCAGGGGGUCUGUGGAAGCAGCUAGAGCUGACAGUUUCACUGUGACCUCUGGUUACAGGGAGCUGAACUCUAGGUGGCUACAAAAUCCAUCUCCCAGUCAACUUGUUACAAAGACUCUGUACUCUCAGGAAACCUGGUGAAUUAACUACAUAGAAUCCCCAUGGGAUUUUCUCUGUUAUAUGUGACUUCUCUCAUUUUCAUUAUUAUGCCAGAAUAUAUAAAAAAUGUACUUGCCUAUGACUUUCUAAUGCCAGUACUCUCAUUGACACUCCUACAACUACUCUCUUUUGUCCCUGUGCUACUAUUCUUUAUCAUGUACUUUUACGUGAUGAUCAAAUCUUUGGCAGUUGUGUUUAAACAUUUAAAAGCAAGCAUCAAGCAAGCUACUACUGCAAAGAGUGGUCUAAUGUUAAAAGUGAACUCUCUAGAGACUAAACUAGAUAGAAUGUAUACGCAAUAUGAGGAAUUAUUCAAGGCUAAAGGGACUAUGGCAGAAACUAAAGAACAUGACACAACUAAUUUAGAGGAUACAACUAAAUCAGAUAAUCCAACUAAAUUAGAAAUGGAAACUGAAGCCUUAGAAAGCAAACCAGCUCAUAUGUUCCCUCUAAGGGAGGUACCCAUAGUGUCCCCAGAGCAUGAUAUAGUAAAUGUCAUGUGCCACAAAAAGUUUGCGCAGGCUGAUAUAGACAGUUUUAAGAAAAAAUUGUAGAAGUUGUCAAGCAAUUUAAGUCCUUAGUUAAGCUUUACAAUCCUUAUUCGGACUUUUACAUCCUUAUGGAUGAAUUGUUAACAAAAAGGGAGAAACAAGAGAUGAUACAGGACACUAAUAAUAACCCCCAAAUUGCCGAUUGGCCAACUCGGGAUCCUGGUUGGGAAUAUAACUCUUUUGAGGGGUACAGAGACUUAACUACAGGCAGGGAGGCAAUAUUUGAAACUAUGAGGCAAAAUUCUAAACGCCCAGGAACCUAGUCUAACUUUGAGUGCCUAAAGCAGGAAGUGGGAGAGACUCCCUCCACUUUCCUUGAUAGAAUUAUUGACUGCAGAAAAUUGGAUUGGUUUGGAUGCUUUAACAGAUGAGAACGUAAAUCACAUUCGCAGGCAGUUUGUAAAAACUGCAUGCUCUGUGGUCCAAAAUUAUUUUCAGAAUAACUGUCCAAAUUGGUUUGAUAUGGGUCUUGAUGAAAGUAGGAGAAUUGCUAACUAUGUUUUCCAAGAUGAGAAAAAUAGGCAAUCAAAAGAUAAAAACGAUAUAAUUGAUAACUUAACCAAAGAGAUCAGAGCUUAAACAAAAAAUGAAAUCCAAUGAAGUGCAGGAAAAAACAGUAGCUGCACUAAGAACUUAUAGACAACCCAGAAAUAAUUACAACCCCAGACAAUAGACAAACCCCAAAAUGUUUUCUUUGUAACAGACCUGGUCAUCUCAUGAGAGAGUGCUGAUUUAGGGGACAAUUUGUUGGACAAAGCUUCAGGAGAAACCAAGGCAAUAGCUUCAUUUACUUUAAUGGAUUCAAGCAAAAUUGAUAUAGAAAUUAAGGGUUUAAUAAUGGAUUUAAUAAUGCAUUCCAGUAUGAGAGACCAAAAUACCCAAAUUAUUUUGAUAUUGGAUGCUACUAUCAUUCACCACAGGCCACAGACCUGAAUACCUUGCAAAUAUAUAUUAAAGUAAGUCCUCAUCCAAAAUAUUCCCAAAUAGCUGGUGGGAAUCCCCAAAAAAUUGAUAUUCCAAAAGGUACAACUUCAUUGUGAAGGUGUGCCAAUGCCUGUGCAGUUAAAAUCUCAUAUAUGGAGAAUAUGGACUAGGAAGUAUGGGCAAUGAAAUAAAAACUAAUGAAAACGACAAAGAGAUUUUUAAAAUGUGGGAAAUUAGUACAAGAGAAAUUAAUGAAGAAUUAGAGACUGAGGAACAGCAACGGGUGUUGAGUUUUCCUGAUCCUAGUAUCAGCUCCUGUGAUACCUGUCCAUUCUCCAUAAAAUAGCACAGAGCCCUGUGUAACCCUAAAAAUAGGAACACAAGUUUAUGAUUGUCUCUUAGACACAGGUGCUACCAAAUCUGUGUUGCAGAAAUACCCUGAGGAGUACAAAGCAAUGGGGUUCAAUAGAAGUUGUGGGUGUGAUGGGUGUCUAUUGUAACCGCAAAAAUAUGGUUUGCCAAAACUGUAAAGGUUUCAGCCAAACUGUAAAGAUAAUUUUUAGUGUCUUGAUUUAUAUUAAAAAUAAGUGGUCACCAUGGGAAAAUUCCCAAAUAUGAAAAUACCCAAGUCAGCUGGGUUUUAUGGAGAUUUUAAUUAAUACAAAUGAAGGAAUUAAGGGAAGAGAGAGAGAGAGAAAAUAGUAGCAAGGGCCUAGACCAAAUGGCCUAGGCCUGAGCCUUAAGGGAGAGGGAGUCAGUCUUUAUCACUCACCACAAAAUCAUCCCAAGCAAGCUCCAGUCCUUCCCUGAAAUCCUCAACUCCUGAACUGAGUUCAGAGAGCUCCUUUUAAAGAGAAUUUUCUCUUAUGUCACCUCCCCUACACAUCUACCAAUCAUAGUAGACGCUUUUUCCCAGGACUGCCCAUUCUUAGUUCUCAUCACUCUUUAGUUCUCACCUUCUCUGGGUAGAUUAUAUCUUCUGAGUACUUCACAUCUCUUUUGCUAAGCUUGCCUUUUGUAAAUUGCUUGACCUUUUAGUGAUUAAUUUAACCUUUAUAGGUACUUGGCACCCUUUUGUAUUAGAUCUAAAAACAGACCACCUAGCUUAGGGUUUUUGCUUCACUGUAAGUAUGAAUUGGGGACUUUUCAUUGUUCAAUCAGGAAUUUGCAACUUUAUCUUCCCCUAAGGCACUGUCUGAGCAGGGUGGAGUAAUUUUAAAGUUCUCAAUACAUUCCUGACCAAGUACCUCCAUUCUUAAAAAUGGGGAAUAGCUUACUUAACCUUACUUAACCAAAUCUUCUAAGGUACAGUCUGAGCAGUUUUAAGAUUCACAAUAUUAGAUUAUACAUUCUAAAUGAUAAAACCUGGGGGCUCAGUUUACAUAGAAAACUUUUAAGUUAAGUGUAUUAGAGAAAGAAUAGUGGCUGCAUUGCUCUCAUGUGUAAAAAGCAAUAGUAGCAGAAGAGAUUACCUCAGACAACAUGGAUGCAGUCAACAAGAUAUCAGAAAAAGAAUUUAUUCAAGAAGAAGAAGAAUGAAAUGAAGAAAGAGAUCAAGAUCAAGACAAAGGAGAAGACUACAUAGAAGAUGACAGCAGAAAAGACAAUCGAACUGUAGCAAAGCCAUUGCAGAAAAAAAAUCAACACAGAGAAGAGGAACACAGACUAACUGGACAUGAACUGUAAGAUUCUUUGACACCAUUCUAACAUUACACACUUUCACUAUAGUUGCAAACAAAUACUACAUGGUAAUAACACGAAGACAGAAGACAGUAGCAGAGGAAGAGACUUUAAAGAUUUGGUAAAUAUUCACUACAAAAUAACAUACACAUAUAGGACACAUUUUUCACAAACUACAUCAUAACCAGGUGAUGAGUAUCCAUAGAAAUAUAUACAGAUAAAUCACCUUGGGAAAAUAAUAAUAAUUGUACACAUUAAAAUAAGAUCUUGUCUUACAGGAACACUUUAUGUGUUCCUAGGAGAUAAAAUCAAGAAAACAUAAUGUUCAAAAGAAAAUCUUUAAAUUUUUCUUAGACUGUCUUAUGGGGGGGGGGGAUGAAUUUAUUUUUCUCUUGCAACAUGUAAGUCAUUUAUACAUAACAUACAUAGAUGUAGAAAUCAUACAGAUCUGUAUAUAUAUAUAGAUGUGUAUAUAAAUUAUUUUAAAAGUUUUGAUUUUAUUACUAUAAGAAGUUGAUUUUUAAUAUACUUGGUUUUGAUUUUCUGUAUUAAUGAGAGGAUAAGUUGUAAACAGUAAAAAUUUUCAUUUGAAUUCUUCAAAUAGGAUUUGUAAAAUGAAAAUUUCUUUGAGUUUUACAUAAUUAUUUUAGAUAAACUUUAUUGUAAAACCAAGUUAGUUUGUAACGAUUUUAUUGUUUCAAAAGUUCACAUUUUGAAUUUCUGUAAUUGUAUGUUUUACACUUGCAUUUGUGCAAAUAUGUAUUCAGGGAUUAUUUGUUUUCAUUGAAAUUUUCUUUUCUUUCAUUUAUAUCCCUACUACAGGUUGGCAUAGAUAAAGUGUAACAAUAAGAAUAAGAUGAGGUAAGCAUAAGAUUAAGACUAUUUUAAGGAAUAUAAUAAUAAGGUUAGGUAUAGCUUUAGAAUUACAUAGAUUUUUAUCUCCCAUGUGCUCAAAGGGGGGAAUUGUAAGGAUAAUAUUAGAAAAUAAGUAUUGUUUUAUUAGUUUAGGGAUACAAAGUAGAGUGGCUGGCUUGAGAAAGAAUUAGAGUUUGAAACAGAACUGAGAGAGCAUAAUGAUUUCAACUGCUAACAGUUAUAACCAUUUUUAUAAUUUGAAGGCGAGGUUAAGAAUUAUGAGGAUAAUAGUGGUAGUUUUCAUUUAGAUACUAUAAAUUUUGGUUAGAUACAGGAGGAAUAGUGUAGCCUGUAAAACAGAGAAGAAUCAGUUCCUUGCAGAACCAGGGAGUUUAUUUGGAUGGAUGGAGAAUCCCUUAGAAUUAGAACUCCUUUAUUUAUCCUUAUAUAUUUCAAUAAAUAUUUUAUUUUUAUAAUAAAA